AAUGUACGGUAAAGAAAAUGCUACAGCGCCUGUCAUUGUUUUGGCCAAAUGUCCACCUCUAGAGGAACUGCUAACAAUUUCAAUAUGCAUUACUAAAUGCCUCAAUAACACUUCGUCCACUUUUCAGCCUCACGUGAUAAGAUGCAGAGAAUUAAUCUUCACUGAGCCAGACAUCAUUGCAACACCGGCUUUCAAUUCCGAUAACACUUUCCAAGUUGUUCUGAAGAAAACUUUGUACAACACAGGAAAGUUGCAAGCAAGAUUCUCCAAAAUAGGGCUAGUGGCCGGUGACCCCCAGCCUGUGACCACGGCCCUAUUCCAGUCCUGUCUCCACUACACCCUGCUGGCGAGGAUCGCCCCCUCCUGGAACAAAGCCGGACAGUGGCUCAUAGAAGGUCGAGAUUUUCUGUCCCAUCAAGGAUAUCUGAACGCCGUCAAGAUGGAGCUGGUGGUCAGCCACGAACAGAUUCACCUGUCCCUCACUGCGUCCGCGGUCAGGUUCCCCGCCCUCCAGCUGUGUGAUAUAGAAGUCCUAGCGAGAAGUCAUCAGAAGUUCCUACAGGAUCCCGACUUUGUCAUACCGAGGGAGUCCAUCGGCUCGCCGUGGUGCCACGUCCUACCCAGUAUGAAGAGGGGUGAGAUUGUGGGCAUCAGCCGUCAACUUCCGGCCGACGGCCCCUUCCGGUCCUACAAAGACAUCAAGAGAUAUUGGAAAAACUCCUAUGGUUAUCGGCUGCCUGAUAGUGAGGAUGACAGAAUUUACUACCAGAUUAAUUUCAGACCUCUAGGGCCCAGAAUAUUUACCUACCCUGAUGUUUGUCUCCGGUCACGGGACAUCAACGCUCUCCCCCGGGUGGACCCCCGACCGAUCCUUGUGACCUUCCUCCAGGACCUGAGGGCGAAGAUGUCCCCGCUUUGUGGUCACCUUUUACAGCUCCACUCCCGGGCCAACUACCUCCUGACCGAGCUCAGCUCUGUUACCCAGAAGGAAAGGUCUGAUUCUAGCAAUUUAAGUGUAAGAAACAACGCAUCCAAGAAAGUCAUCUACAGAAACUUUCCAAUUCCGCCCCAACACACCGAGCAGAAUAACAACUGCUCUCAGACACUGUCCGUCCAGUCACAACCCGGGAACACCCGGCAAAACAAGAUCUCAUCCCAACACAAGGAUACCGCCAAUCCAAACCCCUUCCCUCCCAACACACCGAGACAUAGCCCUGCAGAUCAGGAACCAGCUACGUCACAGACAUCGUGCAAUAUCAAUAGACGCCUGUUUGAGCCUUCCCAGACAGUCAGCUCCAGUAGCAGCCAGGAACCGAGGAUUAUCCCGAAGUUCCUCGCCAAAAAGUCCAGCAAUACUGUUACAGGACCGAGCUCCAAUCCAGGGUCAGUGACACCUCCAGUUGUUCCGGUGUUCAAAGCAAGGACGAGCGGCGGACAGAGGAAACAGCGUGAUGGGUCAAGUCUGAUGAACUCUAGUACAGAAACCCCCAGCUGUACCAAACCAAUAACGACGCCGGUGUCAUCAUUGGGUAAAUCCCUACCACCAGCUCCUGGCUCACUCCAAGACCCGCGGUCAGAUACACCGGGAUCCGUCCACCAAUCAUCGCUGGUUCCCCCGUCUGUCCCCCGACCCACCCUCCCCCACACCCCACUUACACCCGUCCACAGAGCGAAGUCUAUCAUUAGAACCCCCACAGUCGCCAGAGGAAGCUCUUCAUGCUGCACCACGCCUAAACCGAUCGCGACCACGUCACAGAACGGUAACAGGCGGGGAUUUAAUGACUGUCCGAGUCAGAGACCGACCCCUGGGCCCACAGCCGUGGAGUCUGAUGACGAUUUCAUGACGUCACCGAGUCUGUCCACAAAAAAGACAAGCAUGAACGAGCAGCAACAGUGCAGUGGUCCCACACCGGCCAAAAAGCCUCGGACCAAGCCCUCGGUACAGGACGUCGAUGUGGAGGGGCUAGCCAGAGAGGGACAGCUAAGUAAAGUAAACAGUGUAACACUAAUGGCGUGGUUGAAGAGCAGAGGUUUACAGUGUAAAAGUAAAGAUAAGAAACCGGAACUGGUGGCCAAAGUACUCUGCGCACUCAACGUGCGCAUCAGCGAACAGUGAAUCGAAGAGAACAAAGAGAUUUCAGUCAGAGAGCGCACUUUGUUGAAUUCUACUACAGAGUAACUGCAUUUUUUUGGUGUGUGUCUUUCAGUUAAAUAAGGAAAUAAAAGUUAAUAUAAAGUC